GUCCGUUUACAUUAUUUCUACUCUUCAAUGGCUGUCCUCUUGCAGACACACUGAGAAUUAGUAAUCCACGCGUGGAAGAAUGAUUAAUCUCGCACUGCAUGCUCGGCUCUCUUGAUUCAGUUACAGGCUGCGUUUCUCUCCAAUGCCGGGAAUUAUUUCCAGCUUUAAUCGGCCUCACACCAGAUAACCUCAAGCUAGAGGAGACCUGCCGUCUGUUUGACAGCUCUCAAGUGCAUCUUACAUUUUUAUAUAUAUUUUGCAUGUGUGAGACUUCUUCUAAAUCCAAACGUACUUUUUUAUUCCGUCUUCAGUCGUCGGAGCGACAUUUCGAGCUUGUUUAAAAUAGUAACAAAUAUUGAAAGUGCAAUUGUUUUAACGCGUCUCGGACAACUCGUCCUUGCGAACUGAAUCCGAAUCGUCGCUACUUCAUCAGAACAAUAGCAGCGUCUUCACAUCUGGAUCUGAAUCGAAAUCUAGCCUGAACUCUGAGACACACACAGCGCCUGAAUGGGAGUGAAACUCUCCCACACGGAAGUGACUUGCACACGUUAGGCCAUUGAUCCACUGUGUGUCUUUUUUAAGUGUCUUUGCGUUAGUUGCGUCCAUUUAAUCAGUUAUUAAGAUGAUCCCUGAUAAGGCACCUGGCGAGGACGUGGUGCAUGCUUCAGAGGACCUGAAGAAAGAAGCGCACGUGCCCAGUUUUGAGAAAUACAAGGAGCUCUACAUCCAGUCUGUCGAGUCUCCUGAGGAGUUCUGGGGAGAUAUCGCCAAAGAUUUUUUCUGGAAGACAAAAUACACCGGGAAGUUCCUGGACUACAAUUUCGAUGUGACCAAGGGUGAGAUUUACAUGAAAUGCAUGGAAGGAGCCACGACCAACAUCUGCUAUAAUGUUUUGGACCGCAUCGUCCAUGAGAGGAAACUGGGUGACAGAGUGGCUUUUUACUGGGAGGGUAAUGAACCUGGAGAUGAGAAGACGGUGACCUACAGAGAACUGCUCCAGCAAGUCUGCAAGUUUGCUAAUGUCCUCAAGUCACAAGGCGUGAAGAAAGGUGACCGUGUGUCAAUUUACAUGCCCAUGGUGGUGGAGCUGGUGGUGGCCAUGUUGGCCUGUGCUCGGAUUGGAGCGGUUCACUCUAUUGUGUUUGCUGGUUUCUCCGCCGAGUCGCUGUGUGAGAGGAUCAUGGACUCUCAGUGCUGUCUUCUUAUAACAGCUGAUGGGUUUUACCGUGGUGAUAAGCUGAUCAGCCUGAAGCUUAUAGCCGAUGAAGCGCUACAGAAAUGCAGGGACAAGUCUUUCACAGUGGAGAAAUGUAUAAUGCUAAAACACCUCACAAAGGAAGAUGAGGCCUCACCGCCGGGCUCGCUGUCACCCCCAGCGAAACGUGCCUGUCCUGACCUGCAGCAGGAGAAACAGAAAGAAAGAGUAAGGAAGGUCCGUCCUCCCCCACAGGUGCCGUGGAAUCCUGAGGUGGAUCUGUGUUGGCACUCUCUGAUUGGUGGAGCGUCAGAGGAGUGCGAGCCUGUCUGGUGUGAUUCAGAGGACCCGCUCUUCAUCCUCUACACCAGUGGCUCUACUGGGAAACCUAAGGGUGUGUUGCAUACAGUGAGUGGAUACAUGCUCUACACUGCGGCCACCUUUAAGAUGGUGUUCGAUUAUCACUCUGAUGAUGUGUACUGGUGCACUGCGGACAUUGGUUGGAUCACCGGUCACUCGUACAUCACAUACGGGCCCUUGGCCAAUGGUGCGACCAGUGUGUUGUUUGAGGGUCUUCCCACAUACCCGGAUGUGAGCCGAAUGUGGGAGAUUGUUGAUAAAUAUCAAGUCUCCAAGUUCUACACAGCACCCACCGCCAUCCGGCUCCUGAUGAAGUACGGCAGUGAGCCCGUUCAGAAGUAUAAGCGGACCUCCCUGAAGAUUUUGGGGACAGUCGGGGAGCCCAUAAACCCAGAAGCCUGGCAGUGGUACUACAGCGUUGUGGGAGAGAAGAGAUGUCCGGUGGUGGACACCUUCUGGCAGACUGAGACGGGUGGGCAUGUGAUGACCCCUCUGCCGGCCGCUACGCCCUUGAAGCCUGGCUCUGCCACGUUUCCCUUUUUUGGGGUUGUACCUGCUAUUCUGAAUGAGUCAGGGGAGGAACUUGAAGGACCAAGUGAAGGCUAUCUGGUGUUUAAACAGCCUUGGCCAGGUGUGAUGAGAACCGUGUAUGGGAACCACCAGAGGUUUGAGACCACCUACUUCAAGAAAUUUCCUGGAUAUUAUGUGACUGGAGAUGGUUGUCGUAGAGAUAAGGACGGGUACUACUGGAUCACUGGAAGGAUAGAUGACAUGCUGAAUGUGUCUGGGCACUUACUGAGCACUGCAGAGGUGGAGUCGGCUCUGGUGGAGCAUGAAGCCGUGGCUGAGGCAGCGGUGGUGGGGAGGCCACACCCUGUCAAAGGCGAGAGCCUCUACUGUUUUGUCACCCUCAAUGACGGAAUCAACUACAACCAAAAGCUGGAGGCGGAGCUUAAAAAGCAAGUGAGAGAGAAGAUUGGUGCCAUAGCUACACCUGACUACAUUCAGAAUGCUCCCAGCCUUCCAAAAACCAGAUCAGGUAAGAUCAUGCGUCGUGUCUUGCGGAAGAUAGCGUGUAAUGAGCGGGAUUUAGGUGACGUGUCUACAUUAGCGGACAGCUCCGUCAUUGAACAGCUGUUUGACAACCGCUGCUGUGCUGCUGUGUGACCACCGGGGGCAUCGAACACUGUCUGGCCCCAAUACAAGCUUCAGUUCUGGGAGGAAAAGGAUGAGUCUGAGCUUAGAAUGAAGUUUAGGAUAAUGCUAGCAGGCAGACAGAAUGAAAUCAAAACAAAAAAGACUUAAGACUUUAAGAAAUCGCUAGUAAAACCCAAGGUUUGGGAGCGGCACAGUUUUAACUGCAUUUUUUACAGGACUCGCUUGUAUAUUAGAAAUCAUUGUUUUACCCCAAAAGUUUAUUUGUUUAAUUUGUUUAUCAUUUCCUCCUCUUUUAUCCAUGUUCAGUUUAUUCAUUAAUCUUUAUAUGACUUCACUGUGCCAACAUAACCUAAAAACAGGUUAUCAUUUGUGUUUUUCUCCACUAAAAUGGUAAAUAAGACUGCACAUGUCACGGUUUUAUUGUGUGUUAAAUCUCUGCUUUGGUCGAAAGUUUCAUUUUUAACAUUUAACUUUCUGUACAAGCCAAAGCAUGCAUUAAUAUUUACCAGAAUAACAUGGUAUCAUGCAGGUGUUUCAGUAUAUUAAAACUAUGUAUGUUUUACCCUGGAACAGUUUGCAAGCUUGUGUGUGAACUGAUAUUAUAUUUCUCCAGGAAAGUUAUAUGAAAGAGCUUUGGUUGACUGCAUAAAGGCUGUAUGUUCAUUUGAAAACAUACGCACAUGGAGUAAAUGGCAUAUUUUAUAUUGGGAAGGUGUCCUCUCAUAAAACAUUUUCUGGAGAAAAGUGCAGUUUCAUGAGUGUGUGGUGCUCUCAUGCACCAGUACUGGAUUGUAUUUCUACUGUUGUCAGAUUGAUUUCUUCCAGCUUGGCAUUAAUUGCUUUUGUUUUGUUGGUCGAGUUUGUUUUUCAUAGCUGUUAAUGUGGAUGAGUAUCAGCUGUCUGUGCUUUUCUCAACCCUCUAAACACUCACUAGCCUAUAUGAUGAGUGACUGAAUCUAUGAACUUUAGAUUGUUUUUGUUUUGUUACCCUUUAUUUUCCUUUUCAUUAAUUUCCUUGUAAUCAAUUCAUUUGUGCAGAGCAACAAACAGAACUGGGUGAAAUAAAGUGCUGAAAUUUUGAAA